UGUGUCAACUUCGUUGCCCAUUCACGCCUUCUGACUUUAUUGCCUUAUCGGACUUUCCGGAAAUUGGAAUAGACGGGUCCGGGGCGCUUUGGAUAUCGAAGCUGUUGGAAAGUGCAAGUCGCCUGGCAGCCCCUUCAUCACCAGGAAUAGGCGCUAAAAAACCUUCGCAAGCCAGCAGAGCGGACAAUGACGUUUAUAAUCGGAAUUCGUUUUGUGAGUUGAUGGACUUACGUUCCUCCUUCAACGCAGUGCCUCGUGCUCGCUUCUCGGCCGCCCGGUCGGCAUCUAACAUGUACGAGCCAUUGGGCACUGCAGCACAGAACCCCUUCCUCAACCGUUCCGCUCUCAAACUUGCCAACAUAGAUGCAAUAAUUCCUCUUAAACCAGUCUUGGUCUCACAAGGCAUGGAUGUCGAAGACUCUCUCCCUACCUUCACAUUUCUAGACCUUUGCGGAGGGCCCGGAGGCUUCUCAGAGUACUUGUUGAGACGACAAGAUCUUGUCAAAGAGGUACAUGGGUGGGGAAUGACGUUGUGCGAUUGUAAGUGUGGAUGGGACAGGGGAAAAUUGGGUGAAUGGAUUGUGGACGAAAACAAGAAAAAUGCGAGAACAUUCGAGAGCACCCCCAAUGAGGACCAUCAGUCGGGCAUUUUCCCUUCGAAAAGACGCAAGUGCAUGUCAGCUUUGGCAUCACUGCAGACAAGAGCCCUUCACUUAGUCUAUGGGUCUGAUGGAAGUGGUGACCUGUGCCAGCCCGACAAUGUUCAGUUCCUUGCCGACUCGAUGGCGGUGCGAGUAGACGUUGUUGUGGCGGACGGAGGCUUUGCCGGGGCUAGGGGACGGUUUGAUCAGGAGGCUGCCAUGCUGCCCCUCUUGAUUAGCGAGGCAUCCGCGAUGGUCCAAACGCUUCAACCGAAAGGAUGCUUUGUUUGCAAGUUUUUUGACAUGACGUUGCCAGGGACGGUUCAGCUCGUCGCUCUUCUGGCUUUGCUCUUUGAGCGAGUUACCGUCGUCAAGCCAGUAAUGAGCCGGCCAGCAAGCUCCGAGAGGUAUUUCCUAGGGCAGGGGUUCCGCGGUUUCGACGAGGAGGAAAGCAAGGAGGGCGCGGUUAGCACGCGCCAAGCAAGG